AUGUACUUGGGAUUACUUUCUUUCCUGCUGCUCGCUGUUGCCGCCGCCGCUUAUGAGAAGAUUUGUGCUGUCAAAGCUCUUGGUGGGGGCCGCGAUGAUGGACCCAGCAUCAACGCUGCAUUCCAAGAAUGCUCAGAGAACUCUAUGAUCAUCUUGGAUAGCUACUACAGUGUAAACACACUUCUCCUUACGGAAGGAUUGGAUCAUGUUGAUGUACUGCUGAGCGGUACAGUGCAAUAUACUCCGAAUAUUGCAUACUGGUCUCCGAAUAGCUUGUAUCUCACGUACCAAAACGCGACGACUUUCUGGUUCAUGUCCGGAAACGAUAUUCACAUCUUUGGUGGUGGAACGAUUGACGGUAAUGGUCAGGUUUGGUACGACGCGUUCAAUGAGACACAGAAUGAAGGAACUGCGGGAAGUUCCACGCUUACAUUCGCACGUCCCGUCAUUUUAACUAUUGGAAAUGCGUCGAAUGUUAUUGUGGAGGACAUCACCGAGAUUGCCGCACCGAACUGGAAUAACGUGAGUCCUCUUGUAUUAGCCGCGCGUUGCAGCUAUCAACAGGGAACAUUGCAGUUUGUCUAUCAGAGCACCAACGUGACCUACAGAAAUAUCAAGAUGAGCAAAUCGAUAGAUGGCUGGGAUAUUUACCGUUCCUCAUUUGUCACAAUCGCGGACAGUACCAUCAACAAUGGGGAUGACUGUGUUUCGUUCAAGCCCAAUUGCACAGACAUGAUAGUUACUAAUCUAUGGUGUAAUGGCUCCCAUGGAAUCUCUGUUGGUAGUCUUGGACAGUAUGCUGGUGAAACGGACAUUGUUGCCAAUGUGUUUGUCAAGAAUGUCACUAUGCGCUAUGCGGAGAACGGAGCCCGUAUAAAAGUGUUUGGAGGAAGUCCGGAUCCGUACAGCACUUCUGGGGGUGGUACCGGUUAUGUGCAGAAUAUCACAUUCGAAGAUUUCUACGGUGGGUGCUUGGAUCUUCCUGUCAUAGUCUCCACAAUUAUCAAUGUGAUGUCCUUAGUAUACGAGGUGGACAGCCCCAUCAUCACUGAUCAGUGCUACUUCACGAGCACCGCACAGUGCGAGGAGUAUCCGAGCAAGCUGACUAUAUCUGAUGUGCAUUAUAUUAAUGUGACAGGAACUUCCUCUGGAGCGGAGGGAAGUUUGGUCGUGGAUUUAGUCUGUUCAGAAGAGUGUCAGGACAUCACAGCCACAGGCACGAACCUCACUGCCCCAGAUGGCCAAGCCACUUACAUCUGCGAGAAUAUCGCAAGUGUGAACGAGCUCGACUUUAACUGCACAUCGCCUACUAGUUAA